CUGCUGUAUAUACAUACACACUGAUCAAUACCACAAUUCAAUAUUGGGCACGACAGGAUAUACAAGAUGAUGCUACUCAAUAGUGUCUGUGUCCUACUUUCCAGUUACUUGGCCAUUGUCGAAGCUGCUGCGGUACCCGCAACACCACCAGCAUCAUACUCAUCAUCAUCAUCAUGCACGAAUCCUUCAAAACGACCCGAGUGGCGAGCACUCUCACAGGCACAAAAGACGACCUAUAUCAAAGCCGUACAAUGCUUGACAACGAAGCCUUCUCGCCUGGGCUUAAAAACAAGUCUAUAUGAAGACUUUGCAUACGUACACGCUCACCUGAACACAGAGAUCCACUUCAACGCCAAAUUCCUUCCCUGGCAUCGCUACUUCACCUCCAUCUACGAAUCCGCCCUCCGCAACGACUGCACCUACACCGGCCCCUUCCCCUACUGGGACUGGGUACAAGACAACGCCGCACCGAGCAAAUCCCCCAUCUGGUCACCGACCUCCGGCUUCGGCGGCAAUGGCAACGGGACAGGUUUUCAAUCGCCAGCGCGACCCGGCCCUCUAAUCCGCUGCGUCACAGACGGCCCCUUCAAAAAUCUCCGUCCCACAUACCGCCAAACCACAGUCGAACCACACUGCCUCAACCGCGCCUGGAACGACGGCAUCGGCUCAAACCCGCCCGAUGGAAUCGGGCGAAUGCAAGGCGCGGCAUACGCUCCCGCCGUAAUGGCGAAUAUCACAGCCAAAACAACUUUUGUCGAUUUCUGGCAGGCGCUCGAGAAUGGUCCGCAUGGAGCAGUCCAUCAGGGAAUCAGCGGCGAUAUGGGCCCUUCGACGAGUCCAAAUGAUCCUAUGUUUUUUGUGCAUCAUGCGCAAAUUGAUCGAUUGUGGGAGCAGUGGCGACAGGCGGAUUUGAAGGCUCGAGCUGUGAUGUUUGGGGGGAAUAAUUCGGAUGGGUCCAAGGCGAGUUUGAAUGAUGUUUUGCCUAUGAUGGGGUUGGCGAAGGAUGUGAGGGUGAAGGAUGUGAUGAGUACGACUGCUGGGGGGUUUUGUUAUGGGUAUUGAUGAGAGAGAGAGAGAUCGUGUCAUCGGAAGGGAGAGAGAGGUCUGGGUUGAAUAGUACAGACUUCGUGUUUUUAAUCUCGCUUGCACGACAGUCCUUGCGAUCUUUACUACUCACUCACGGUUUGACUUCUUUAUGUGCCAGCGACCCCGACUGGCCAUGUUCACAUCCGAUGCAAGAGAGCAAGAACGAAGAGCGGGAGGAAAUAUAUGUAGUGUCCGGCCCGCAUGAG